AUGGCGCCGCCGCGCUCUCGCACGAAGGCAAUGAAGACGCCCAUGAAUGCAAUGAAGGCGCCUGCGAAGGGCCGCGCCGUCAAGAAGACCAUCGGCAAGAAGGUUGUCCCACCAAAGACUGUGCCUUACAUUCGGCACGGCGCCGCGGCCCUUGCGAGGGGUCGCAAGGACAGGGCUGCGUGGGCGAGCUGCAUCAAGGACUUCGUCAAUCGUUCUGAGAAGUUCGUAAUUAACAAGCUGCGCAGAGAGAGCAUCGUGCCGAAUCGGGAGGGGGCGACGUGCCCUCACUGCGGCGAGGGCGUCUUGGGGCCUCUGAGGGACCACGGGGAGAAGAAGGGCGGGUGGGGGCACCGUUGCAGCCGCGAUUGGUGCACUCGCCACGUGGCGCCGCAGGAUUUCCAUCCCAUUUUCUGUAAGGGCACGGGCCAGUCGUUCUCGUCUCUGGCAGGCCAGUCCGCCAUCCUCUUCUGCGCGGUCGCAGGCUGUCCACAGACGACCACGCGCCUCCUGGCGCGGAGGAACCACAAGUGGCCAGACGUCGAAGCAGACGAGGUGGACCUGGGCAAGAUGGAGGACCCCGACGCGGGGCCCCGCACUGCGACCCCCAUCAUUUGGGAGCAGUGGGGCGGGAUCGUGCAGCGUGGCGCCCCCGAGUCUCUUGUGCUGUUCCGCCUCCAGCCGAAGAAGACCAAGCGUCGGGCCCCAGGCCCUGGGCCCAUCCGCAAGGCGGAUUGGGCGCCCCUCUCGAAGAAGUGGCUGAAGAACAGGAACGUUAUCUUCCACACGGACGGCGCGCGGUCUUAUAAGCUGAAGGAGCAGGGCGUCGUCCACAAUUGGGUCGUCCACAAGAAGAAGAAGGCCAAGGUGAAGGGCAAGUGGGUAUGGCUUAAGCCGUCGUACAGCAAGAAGCGGUACCACGACGUCCCCGACCCGCUGAAGGCUGGCGCCAAGAAGAGGAUCUGGGUCAAGACUGGCACGCAGAUCAUCGACGGCGUCUGGCGCGAGCUCCGCCGUUUCGUCGGCAAGAACAAGGCCGUCGGCUCCGCGCACCUCAUGCAGAAGGUCCGCAGCUUCCAGUGGGCGCACUGGAACCGCGGCAAGGACCUCUGGCACGAGACGGGCGCCAUGCUGCAGGAGGCUUGGAGCAAGAAGCACGGCUGGUGA